AUGGCGGCGGCGGCGGCGGCCGAUCACCCCAACGACCACGACCUGAUCGCGUUCGUCCUGCGCCCGAUGGCGGUCGCCGGGCAUCAUCACGGCUUCGUCGGCGGCGGCAUCAUCCACCUGGCCGACGUCUACUCCGUCGCCCCCGAGAGGCUCGCCGAGCGGUACGCGCCCGCGCCGGGCACCGGCGGCGGGAUCUGGUACUUCCUCUGCCCCGCCCGCUGCCGACACAGGGCCGCCGCGGCGGGCGCCCUGGGCCAGGGGUGCUGGGCCUCGUCCUCGGAGACCGGCGGCGUGGCCGCCAGGCCCGUCAGGGGACCGGACGGCCGACGCGUCGGGCAGUCGCGCGCGCUGUCCUACUCCUCCUACGGCGCGAGGACGGCGGCGGCGCCGUGGGCGGCCGCGGUCACCAGGCACGGCUGGUGCAUGGUGGAGCUCGCGCUCGACAAGCAAGGCGGCGGCGGCGGUAGGGCAGGAGGGGAUUUCGUCCUGUGCAAGCUGUUCAGGUCGCCUCGCAACGAGGCGCCUACCACGGCGGCGCCGGGGCUCGUCUCCGGCUGCAAGAGGAAGGCGGCGGUCGACGACCACCCGGAUACUCCACCCGGCGUGCGGCAGCACCUGAUGCAGCGUUCAUACUGA